AUGGAUUUGAAUGGAGACGCAGGCGCCAAGCGCAAGUGCAGCUCUAUCACCACACCCGCUGAACGGCCCGUAAAGCACCUUCGCCCCGAAUCGAGCGCAUUGACACCUGGGGAUUCAACUCCUGCCAAUGGGACUGUAUACGAUGUGGAGGAUGAUGAAGAUGCGCGUCGUCUGCUGCCUGUAGGGCCUGCUCAGGGUAACUCGCCGGAAUGGCAAGCUACCUUAGAGGAGGUUGUGAAGAGCGUUGUGUCUAUCCACUUCUGUCAGACAUGCUCCUUCGACACCGAGCUGUCCAUGAGUAGUCAGGCUACUGGGUUUGUGGUAGAUGCAGAUAAUGGAUACAUAUUGACAAACCGACACGUGGUUUGCCCGGGACCUUUUUGGGGAUACUGCAUCUUUGAUAAUCAUGAGGAAUGCGACAUUCGUCCUGUAUAUCGGGACCCUGUACACGACUUUGGAAUUUUGAAAUUCGAACCGAAGGCCAUUCGAUAUAUGAAAUUGAGGGAGCUGAAACUGCAGCCGGGUGCAGCUAAAGUGGGAUCAGAGAUUCGCGUCGUGGGUAAUGACGCAGGAGAAAAAUUGAGUAUUCUGUCUGGUGUCAUUAGUCGGCUGGAUAGAAACGCGCCUGAAUACGGCGAUGGCUACAGUGACUUUAAUACGAAUUACAUCCAGGCCGCCGCAGCAGCUAGCGGUGGAAGUUCCGGCAGUCCU